GUUGCUAGCCCUGAGGCGGUACCACCGAAUCGGACGAGUUCGGGGCUCCACCUGCCCUGGGAGCGGCCCCUUUGGGGUGGCAGGGACGCUAGCUUUGGAGCCUCGGUCGAAUGGGGACCCGGCGAGGUGGUGACUGAGUCCAGGGAUCCGAAUGUGCAGAGCAGGUGUGAGGGUUGGACCAGAGUCCUUGGAAGUGAAGAUGUGGAUCUGCCAUUCCCAAACACGAAUGUACAGGGCCGUCUGAGCCAGGCUGCCCUGUGGCCACAGGUGCCCAGCCUGAAGAACAUGACCACAGCCCAGGAUGGCCAUGGGCAAGGUCCUGCUGCCACUUGUGCAGCCUCUGACCCCAAGGACCUCAAGAUGGUGACUUCCCCAGUAUGUCAGAAUGGAGGGUACAGAAACAGCCAGGACAGUGAUCCCGAAGGUCCAGACACCAGGCUCAACCCUUCUUCCAAGCUGGUGCGUCUUUUCUCUGUAAACCGGAAGAGAAUGAGUGCCCACCCCGAGAGGCCCCGCUCUGUGGUCCUGAUGGGCAAUUCUUCCACGUGGAAUGCACUGGCAUCUUUCAGGAAGAUGGGAUCUUUUAAAAAACUGAAGUCAUCUGUCCUGCAAGGAAUUCAGAACCGUGAGGGGACAGAUUCUUCCAAAGAGGAAGUUUGGGAACAGGAUGUGAGCAGUGCCAUCCCUAAUGGUACCAUCGUGGGAAGUCAUAUGAACAGGGGGCCUACUGGGAGACAGGCAGGUGACCCACCCAGUGUAGGGGAGGGGGCUGUGUCUGACUGCUCAGACCCAGAGGAUGAGGAUGCAUUCCAGAGAAGCACACACCGAUCUCGCAGUAUCCGCAGGGCCUACGGCCUGGGCCGCAUCAGCCUGCUGGACUCUGACAAGCCCCUUAUCCCCCAGGGCUCCGUCAAACCCCUGUCCCUCUCCAGCCAAGAGCCCACCCUGUGUGAGAUCCUGGUGAGGGACCCUGACAGCCAAAGCAGCUUGUACAGAAGGAGCAAAAGCACAGACAGUUUAAACUUUCUGAAGAAAAGUUCCUUCAAACGGAAGUCCACCUCCAAUCUCGCUGAUCUCCGGGUGACCGGUGACAGCAAGCUCCCGCCCCAAAGGACUCUAAGCAGCUCCUCUGCAGACUCAGAGAAGGCUGGCGGGGCAGAGAGAAGGACCAAACGCUGGAAGAGCCCCAUCAGAGCCAAGGACUUCGAUCGAGUCCUGAAGCUAGUGAGCAACGUCAAAGAUGCCUCGUGGAAGAGAGAGGUUCCCAAGACUGGGCCUCUGGCUCGGGGGGAGGCAGGCCUUCGGCUACAAACGCAGAGCCGAUUGCAUGAUGACUACUCCAGACGUGUGUCCAGCAGCUCUGAGCAGGACCGGAGGUCCAGCACCCCCAGUCGUAGCCCAGCCGCUUCCCAGGGCCCUGCUGCUAUUGAUGUCGAUACCGCUGUAGUCCCUCUAAAAGCUGAGCUCGCCCACCAAUCAGGAAGCACCAGGCCCCAAGCCUGUAACGCAUCAGCCAGUCCCAAUGACCAACAAGGGUGGACCAAAGUCUCUUCUGAUGAUGCCAGUAACCCUAAGCAUCUUCUCACCCCACUGCCACCAAUUACACCCAAGCCCCAGAGUCCUCAGAGCCCUGGGGCAGGAAGUUCCAAGUGCCCUACCAGCCCCACUGUGCUAUCCCUGAGUUCAGAGGAUGGUGAAGACCGGACAGAAGAUCCUGAACAGAUGCAGCCAGCACCUGGGUUCUCCCCAGACUGGGUGCCCACCCAGAAUGCUGAUGAGGGUAGAGGUGUAGGUGGUGGCAGUCACUCUCAGCCGGAUUCAGAGGAGCAGAAGGAAGAGGUGACUAAGGACACUUGGAGGCCCGGCUCAGCCCAGAAUGAGGAGCAUGCCGAGGCACCCCGAAUCUCCAAGAGGAGAUGGGGCUCAGGAAGGCGCACCCGGCCACGGCCACUGUCUGACUAUGGCCAGCUGGCCAGUCGAAGUCUAUCCAUUCCUGAAGACACCAUUGCUGUGGAUCCCCCGGGGGAAGAUCACGUGGAUGGGGUACCAGGAGUGAGCAAGAUUCCGACCAGCUUGGACAGCAGUGGCCCCAUAGGCUGCACCAGGGGAGGCCGGAGAAGGCGCCCCAUAUCCGUGAUAGGAGGGGUCAGCUUCUAUGGCACCAGCCAGGUGGAAGACAUCGAGAAUCUGCUAACCCAACCAGCAGCCAGGCCUCCCGUGCCUGCUCACCAGGUGCCCCCCUACAAGGCUGUGUCAGCCCGCCUCAGGCCGUUCACCUUUUCCCAGAGCACCCCCAUUGGGCUGGAUCGUGUAGGUCGCCGAAGACAGAUGAGAACAUCCAAUGUUUCUUCAGAUGGAGGGACUGAAUCCUCUGCCUUAGUGGAUGACAACGGGAGUGAGGAGGACUUCAGCUAUGAAGAGCUCUGCCAGGCCAACCCUCGGUAUCUACAGCCAGGAGGGGAGCAGCUGGCCAUCAACGAGCUGAUCUGUGAUGGCAGCGUGGUUUGUGCGGAAGCCCUUUGGGAUCAUGUGACCAUGGAUGACCAGGAACUGGGCUUCAAGGCCGGGGACGUCAUCCAGGUCUUGGAAGCUUCAAACAAGGACUGGUGGUGGGGUCGGAAUGAGAAUAAGGAAGCCUGGUUUCCUGCCAGCUUUGUCAGGCUUCGAGUCAAUCAAGAAGAGCUGCCAGAGAAUUCCAACAGUCCCCAUGGUGAGCAGCAGGAGGAAGAGGCCAACCAGGCUCGUCACAAGCUCACUGAGAGCAAGCAGCAGAUGCGGACCAAUGUCAUCCGGGAGAUCAUGAACACUGAGCGGGUGUACAUCAAGCACCUGAAAGACAUCUGUGAGGGCUAUAUUCGACAAUGUCGCAAGCACACAGGAAUGUUCACGGUUGCACAGCUAGCCACGAUUUUUGGAAACAUUGAAGACAUCUACAAAUUCCAAAGAAAAUUUCUGAAAGACCUUGAGAAACAGUACAACAAAGAAGAGCCCCACUUGAGCGAGAUUGGGUCCUGCUUUCUCCAGCACCAAGAGGGCUUCGCCAUCUACUCUGAAUACUGUAACAACCAUCCGGGCGCCUGUGUAGAGCUUUCUAACCUCAUGAAGCAGGGCAAGUACCGGCACUUCUUUGAGGCCUGCCGUCUGCUCCAGCAGAUGAUUGACAUUGCCCUGGAUGGCUUCCUCCUCACACCUGUGCAGAAGAUCUGCAAAUAUCCCCUGCAGCUGGCCGAGCUGCUCAAGUACACCACGCAGGAGCACAGUGAUUACAACAAUAUCAAGGCAGCCUACGAGGCCAUGAAGCAUGUGGCCUGUCUGAUCAAUGAACGCAAACGCAAACUGGAAAGCAUUGACAAGAUUGCUCGCUGGCAGCUGUCCAUUGUAGGCUGGGAGGGCCUGGAUAUUCUAGACCGCAGCUCUGAGUUGAUUCAUUCAGGAGAACUGACCAGAAUCACUAAGCAGGGCAAGAGCCAACAGCGGACCUUCUUCCUGUUUGACCACCAGCUGGUGGCCUGCAAAAAGGACCUGCUACGCAGGGACAUGCUGUACUACAAGGGCCGCAUGGACAUGGAUGAGAUGGAGCUGAUUGACGUGGAAGAUGGGCGGGACAAAGACUGCAACCUCAGCGUGAGAAAUGCCUUUAAGCUCGUCAGUAGGACCACAGAGGAGGUCCAUCUGUUCUGUGCCAAAAAACAAGAAGACAAGGCCAGGUGGCUGCAGGCCUAUGCAGAGGAAAGACAGCGGGUACAAGAAGAUCAGGAGAUGGGAAUGGAAAUUCCAGAAAACCAGAGGAAACUCGCCAUGUUAAACGCUCAGAAGGCAGGACAGGGCAAGUCAAAAGGCUACAAUGGAUGCCCGGCGGCCCCACCCCACCAAAGCCUGCCACCCCUGCACCAGCGUCACAUCACUGUGCCCACCAGUGUCCCACAACAGCAGGUUUUCGCCCUGGCGGAGCCCAAGAGGAAGCCCUCACUCUUCUGGCAUACCUUCCACAAACUCACCCCCUUCAAGAAAUGAGCCAGGCAGGAGCACACCUCCACGAACUAUUGUAAGAAGAGAAGUACCUGCGUUUCCUCCGACUGAAGUCCAUGGACAGGUCCUGGGCCCAGUGCUGAGCACUUCUUUUGGAACACUGAUGAAGGGGAGAAGGAAUCGUCCUUGCCUUCCAUCUUCAGAAACCCAGCUGCCUUCAUGGAAGGGAAGCGGUCAGGAAGAGGUCAUGUUACACUGGGAGCCUGGUGCAAUCUGAGGUUCUGGAAGCUGGGAGCCAGAGUCAUGCUCUGGGGGCUGGGGGAAAGAAGGAUGUGAUGCUGGGGCACAGGAGUACCUCUGCUGUGGGUCCCUGAGCCAUUCUGGUCCCUAAGGAACAACUCAAUCCAGUUGCUCUUUCUGCAUUUGACUUUGAGUUGAAAGGACUCAUCUGUGGUCUAGGGGGAAUUUAUAUGAUUCUACUCGUUCCCUAGAAGAGCUUUUCUCUUUUCUGUAGCUGCAGCUCUGGUGUCACCUGAGGCCACACAUUUACCAAGCAACAGUGCAGGUCAUAUCUUACAAGCUUCCUCCCCAGCAAGUGAGGGGGGGAAACUGAGGCAUCUGUCCCCUGGCAGCACAGCUGCCUGGGAAGAAAUGCCACCACAGGCUGGUUUGGCCUUUUUGUCUGUCUCUGUUGAUCCUUGCCUGCUGCAUGCCUUGUGUAGAUAAUGCCUCAAGCAUAAACCUAAGAGACUGCCAUUCACACAAGCAUUUUGUGAUACAAAAGUUCAUUGACUUUAGGUUUGACAGGCAAAUAAGUGCAGGAGUUAGGAGCAGUCUUAAAAGCACCUCUUCCAAAGGAGAGUCUUAACAUCCUUGCCAAUGAAAUUACAAAGACACUGACACCCCAGGGGCAAAGCAAUCAGCUUCCUGUUGACCUACAGCACUUUGUCACAGGAAUGGGGCCAGUAGAGUAUAGCCAUAGCUGUAGCAGAGCCACUGUGGGCAUGGCAGCAACUCCCAAGAUGCCUUUGUAAAAGAGGCUUGGAGGACUCAUCAGGUCACACAGGCUAAGAGGAUCCAGUAGAUCAUGAUCUUCCUUUCCUUAUCUCUACUGGAGAGUGUGAAGAAGUAGUUUUUACUGUGUCUGGAGGAGAUAGACUUCACUUUUUUUUUUUUUUUUUUUUUGCCUCCCUGGUACCCUGGCUAGAGGAUAUCAUUCCCCAGCCUCUGGGUAAUAGUUCAGUUUUGUAUGAUGUUCUUGCAAAGGUCUUUCUUCUUUCACAGCCCCAUGCUUGAGAAUAAGUAAGUCUGUAAUGUCAUAUAUAAGCAUUGUUAGCUUAGCUACUUAGAAGGCUGAGAUCUGAGAUUGCAGUUCGAAGCCAGCCCAGACAGGAAAGUCUA